GCUACUUCUUCAUUUCACAUUCAUUUUCAUCUUCUUCAUUCUCCACCUCACUAACAUUUCUCUCUCUAUAUAUACAUACAACAUAAAUAUAUAUACGUACACUUUACUGUUCAGAGAAAUGGCGGCACCACUCUCAAUGCUCGAAUCCAACUACGAAGCAGACAAGCUUACAUACGAGAUCUUCUCCAUUCUUGAAAAUAAGUUCCUGUUCGGACAAGAUGACACGCAACAUAAACAACCUGCGUUGCAGCUUGAACACUUGAAAUCCGGUAAGCAUGUUACCGGAAAAGUGAGAGUUCUCUCCAUAGAUGGCGGCGGAGCUACUGAUGGAUUGCUCGCAGCCAAGUCUCUUGUUCACCUCGAAUCCCAUCUUCAGCAAAAAUCUAACAAUCCGAACGCCAGAAUUGCGAAUUAUUUCGAUGUUGUUGCUGGCUCCGGCGCCGGCGGGGUCCUGGCUGCAUUGCUUUUCACCGCCGGGAAAGAUGGCGGGCCCAUGUUUUCAGCCAAGGAGGCUCUGAAAUUUUUGGUUGACAAUCGCCGGAAAAUUUCAAAGUCGGCGCCGGAAGGAAUAUUCCGGCGGUUUUAUGGGUCGUCGGAGAAAGUGUUCGCGAAGACAUUUGGUGAGUUGAGUUUGAAAGACACACUGAAAGCUGUAUUAGUCCCUUGUUAUGAUGUUAACUCUGGUGGGCCCUUUGUGUUUUCCCGCGCUGACGCGUUGGAAAUCGACGGCUAUGAUUUCAUGAUCAAGGAUGUUUGUGCUGCCACGUCAGCCAGUCGAUUAGUUGAUGUAAAGUCAGUUGAUCGGAAAACCAAGAUCACGGCGUUCGGCGGUGAUGUUGCCAUGAACAACCCUACCGCGGCGGCGAUAACUCAUGUGCUUAACAACAAGCAGGAGUUUCCGUUUUGUAAUGGGGUUGAAGAUUUGUUGGUGGUGUCUUUGGGCAAUGGUGAGGCUUUUACCGCCGGUGUCGCCGGAAAUUCUACCCCUUUGCCGGCCGCACUUGUUAAGAUCGCCGGAGAUGGAGUGGCUGACAUGGUUGAUCAAGCUGUGUCCAUGGCAUUUGGGGAGUGUGGAAGUGAUUAUGUUCGCAUUCAAGCAAACAGCAUUGUUGGAGCAAACCAUGGAAACUCGAAAGUCGGGAAGAAAGACUUGUUGCCGGGAGUGGAUGAGAUGUUGAGGAUGAAAAGCAUCGAAUCCGUAUUAUUCAAAGGGAAGAAAUUAGUCGAGGAUUCGAAUCUUGACAAACUAGAAUUGUUUUCGGGCAAAUUGAUCAAGGAGGAAGAGAGGAGAAAAACGAGUAUAUUACCCACUGUGGUGCUCAAACAAGCUGGAUCGCCCAGGACUUCAUCUGCCACCACUUUAUCCACUGUAUCUUCCAACUAAAUUAAGCAAAUAAGUAUAUUUAGUGUAGUAUAAAUUAGUUGAAUCGAGUUAGUAUUCUUGCGAUAAAAUUGCAGGGUACUGAGAUUGGAUUAUUUAGAGGAAAUUGUAAUUGAUUUAUGGUUUGGCUGAGAUCGAGUAUGUAUAUGUAGAUAUGGAUUAUAUGUAAAGAAUCUGGAGCUUGUAUCUGUCUAA